GUAGCUCCCGUAGUGGAAGAAUGGCCGGCUGGAUGUGGCUCCGCUGUAUAGUAGGGCCUCACUUGCAACGAAUUCAUCGUUCACCGGACCAGUCUCGCCUUGAGGGCAGGGCUGGGAGGAGGCAGGGAUGGAACUACCAGGGCUCGGAGUGGGAGAAACACACCGACAGCAUCCUCGGUUGGGCUUCAGCACUGUGGUCUCUGUCCUACUACAGCUCUCCUCUUCUGCUUUGCUAUCUGUACAGGAAAGGUUACAUCUGCAGCAGUAAGCUGGUUCCAGUAAGUCAGUAUGUGGGAGCAGUGCUGGUGUGUCUUCUAGGAGUGGCCUGUCUUAGAGGUUGGGGGAGAUGGAACAACUCUGAGUAUCUUCACUUUCUCUCCAUUCUUGAAGAAACCAAAAACAAGCCCACACCAUCAAAUAAGAAAAAACUGAAGUGCUAUGACUUUGACUUCUCAUACUGGCCUUUGGAUUUCAGCUGGACAGAAGUCAGCAAUCCAAAACUAUCCACGGCUGGUGUUUCACUGCUUAAGCCAGAGCCCAAAUUAAGAGGAGCAGCAGACAGUGUCCUCCACUCAGUGCGUACUCUACCAUGCCACAUUAUCAGUUUUCUGAUUGCCCACUCAUUUGGAAGGAGGAUGCUGUACCCUGGCUCUGUCGGCCUACUGCAGAGAGCUAUGCGUCCCAUGCUGCUGCAAGGCCAGGCUAGGUUAAUAGAAGAGUUUGAUGGCCAACGGAACAAGCUUGUGGCCUGCGAUGGCAAUGAGAUCGACACAAUGUUUGUGGAUCGAAGGAAGGACGGGGAGCGGACUGGCCGAACACUGGUCAUCUGCUGCGAGGGGAAUGCAGGCUUUUACGAGGUGGGCUGCAUGAACACGCCACUGUCCCACGGCGGUGACUACUCUGUACUGGGCUGGAACCACCCCGGCUUUGGAGGCAGUACGGGAGUACCAUUCCCCCAGAAUGAGGCCAACGCCAUGGAUGUAGUGAUCCAGUUUGCAAUACACAAACUGGGCUUCGAGAUCACUGACAUUGUUAUAUAUGCAUGGUCCAUAGGAGGAUUCACAGCCAGUUGGGCAGUGAUGUCGUACCCAGAGAUCCAAUCGAUAGUGUUGGAUGCCUCCUUCGAUGACCUCCUGCCUUUGGCCCUCAAGGUCAUGCCCAACAGCUGGAGGCCGUUGGUACAGCACACAGUGAGACAGUACAUGAACCUCAACAAUGCUGAGCAGCUUCUCAAAUACCAGGGACCGGUUCUGCUGAUCAGGAGAACCAAAGAUGAGAUCAUCACCACGGGUCCAGAGGACAUCAUGUCUAACAGAGGAAACGAUCUCCUGCUUAAACUGCUACAAUUCAGGUAUCCAAAGAUAAUGACAGAUGAAGGAGUUCGAGUGGUCAGGCAAUGGCUGGGAUCCUCCAAUCCCAUAGAAGAAGCGUCUGUGUACAGUGGCUACGAAGUGGACGAUGACUGGUGUGUGACUGUGCUGCAGUCGUAUCAGCCAGACAGAGAGGUCUUGUUUCCAUGGAGUGUUGGCGAGGACAUGGAUUCCGAUGGAAGACGGCAGCUGGCUCUUUUCUUGGCACGGAAGUACAUGCGAAACUUUGAAACAACACACUGCACUCCCCUCCCCGCCUCCGAGUUCCACUCACCCUGGAGACUGAAUAGAAGAAUGGCUGACUGGAUGUGAGGAAACCAGCAGCAGAGGAUUCGGAUGGCCUGUGGUCAAGAGCGUGUUCAUGGCAUGAAUGUUUUACUGUAAUUUUUGUCCGAGAAAAAUUCGUUGUCAUAUUUAGUGUUCCUGUGAUGGCAUCUGGAAAAAAAAGGGUCUGGUACUACGCAUCUAUAGGCACAAACCUGUGGUACUUUUUUCUGUUUGAUUUAUUUGUUAAUCAAAUCUAUCUCCUAGAAAGCAGAAUUUUGUGUAAAUGCACAAACCAUUUCUCUCCCUCCUUGGCUGGAUAGCUGCAUUUCGCAGAUUAUUCCAAGUGUUAAAGCUUUUCAGAUUUAUUUCUGUUCUGUAGACUAUCUUUCCGAACACAGCCGUAUUCUAAAACGUUGUUCUUAUGUGUUCUGUUAAAUAAGCGGAAUAAAAUGUUUGACACUUAUUUUCCAA